UCACUUCCAGCGGACACGGAAGCGCUGUAGUGGGCAGGCAGUUGUAGUUAGGAAAUCGUGAUGGGACUCCGCUCAGCGUGAGCACCUGACCUACGUGGGCCGAGGGGGCCGGCCAGGGCUCCUGUGGCCUGGACAGAGCGGAGAGUGUGGAGCGGCUUCUAGGCCAGCGCGGACGAGCCCUGGCCGAGCACGCCUCUGGUGCCAGCGUCGCCCCGCCUCCCGGGUAGUACCCGCCCCCACCCUCGGGCCUGGGACCAGGAGGGCACUUUUGCCUGUUGGUUCCGCCUAUCCGCCUUAGGUCCGGGAUAACUGGGUGCAGCAGGUGUGCGGCCCGCCGCCGGACAGCCCACUGGCUGUUUCUUUAAGCCCCUGUCUGCCUCUUCGCGGCCUUCUCUCGAGCUGCUGGAAAGCUGAAGUGGAGCAAUCCGUUCAGAACCUCCAUGGAGAAGUUUGCAAUGAAUUUCGGUGGCGGCCCGAGCAAGAAAGACUUGCUGGAGACUAUAGAGACGCAGAAGAAGCAGCUUCUCCAGUACCAGGUACGGCUCAAGGAUGUGGUCCGUGCUUAUAAAAGCCUGCUGAAGGAGAAAGAGGCGCUGGAGGCCAGCAUCAAGGUGCUGUCGGUAUCCCACGAGGCAGAUGUGGGCCUCGCAGGUGUCCAGCUUCCAGGCCUCGCCUUUCCUGACUCUGUGGAUGACCGGUGCUCCACUCACAGCGAGGAUAGCACUGGGACCGCCACUAGUGUGGAUACGGCCGCCAGUCUCACCAGCACCAAGGGUGAGUUUGGGAUAGAAGAUGACAGACCAGCCCGUGGACCACCACCUCCGAAGUCCGAAGAGGCCAGUGGGUCAGAGAGUGGUGUUAGCAGUAGCAGUGGGGAUGGGCCGUUUGCGGGUGGGGAGGUGGACAAAAGACUGCACCAGCUGAAGACUCAGUUGGCUACUUUGACCAGUUCUUUGGCCACAGUCACUCAGGAGAAGUCCCGCAUGGAGGCUUCUUACUUGGCUGACAAGAAGAAGAUGAAACAGGACUUAGAGGAUGCCAAUAACAAGGCAGAAGAGGAGAGGUUCCGCCUGGAGGGAGAAUUGAAGGGGCUGCAGGAGCAAAUAGCAGAAACCAAAGCCCGACUUAUAACGCAGCAGCAUGAUCGGGCCCAAGAGCAGAGUGACCAUGCCUUGAUGCUGCGUGAGCUCCAGAAGCUGCUGCAGGAGGAGAGGACCCAGCGCCAGGACUUGGAGCUUAGGUUAGAAGAGACUCGAGAAGCCCUGGCAGGACGAGCAUAUGCAGCUGAACAGAUGGAAGGAUUUGAACUGCAGACCAAGCAGCUGACCCGUGAGGUGGAGGAGCUGAAAAGUGAACUGCAGGCCAUUCGAGAUGAGAAGACUCAGCCAGACCCCCGGCUGCAAGAACUUCAGGAAGAGGCCGCCCGCCUUAAGAGCCAUUUCCAGGCCCAGUUACAGCAGGAAAUGAGAAAGACAGCUGUUGCAGAGGAUCGACUCCGUCAGCAAUCUCAGGUGGAAGAACAGAGGGUGGCAGCCCUGGAGAAUCAAAUAUCUGAGGUGUCGGAGCUGCUGGGCACCUACGAGAAAGCCAAGCAGAAAGACCAGCUGGCCAUCCAGAAGCUGAAGGAGCGUAUUCUGCAGCUGGACCUGGAGAACAAGACCCUGGCUCUAGCAGCCUCCAGCAGGUCCCCUCUGGACAGCCAUGGAGAGGAGUCUAGUCUGGAUGUCAAUGUCCUGAAGGAUAAAAUGGAGAAGCUGAAGAAACUGCUGCAGGUUGCAGCCAGGAAAAGCCAGGUGACCCUGGAUGUGGAGAAGCUCUGUGACCUGGAGAUAAUGACCAGCUCGGAGACUGCUGAUGGGGAGAAAGCUACUGCACUCUAUUACCAACAGGAGCUGAAACAGCUGAAGGAAGAGUUUGAGAGGUACAAGAUGAGGGCCCAGGUGGUCCUCAAAAGCAAGAAUACCAAAGAUGGUAAUCUGGGGAAGGAGCUGGAGGCAGCCCAGGAACAGCUCGCAGAGCUGAAGGAGAAGUAUGUCUCCCUGCGGUUGUCCUGCGAGGAGCUUGAGCACCAACACCAGCAGGAGGCUGAGGACUGGAAGCAGGAGCUGGCCCGGCUGCAGCAGCUGCACCGGCAGGAGCUGGAGCGGUGCCAGCUGGACUUCAGGGACCGCACACUGAAACUGGAGGAGGAGCUGCACAAGCAGCGGGAUCGUGCCCUGGCUGUGCUCGCUGAGAAGGACUUGGAACUGGAACAACUGCGUUCUGUGGCCUUGGCCUCUGGGCUGCCAGGACGCAGAAGUCCUGUGGGCGGUGGGGGUCCUGGGGACGUGGUUGACACAUCAUCCUCAGAUAGCCUGACCCAAGCAUUACAACUUGCAGCGGCCAAUGAGCCCACUUUCUUUCUGUACGCUGAGCAGCUGGCCCGCAAGGAGGUGGAGAUCACAUCGCUGAGGAAGCAGAAGCACAGGCUGGAGGUCGAGGUGCAUCAGCUGCAGGAUCGGCUGCUGGAGGAGGGCGAACGGCAUCGUGAAGAGGUUGCAGCCCUGCAAAGCCACAUCGAAAAGAACAUCAGGGACCAGAGCAGGGAGGGAGCCAACCUGGAGUACCUCAAAAACAUCAUCUACCGCUUCUUGACCUUACCUGACUCCCUGGGCCGCCAGCAGACUCUCACAGCUAUAUUGACUAUCUUGCACUUCAGUCCGGAGGAAAAGAAAGUGAUAAUGCGACUCCCAACUAGUGCUAGCUGGUGGCCUUCUGGCAAGAGAUGAUGCCAUUUUCACUUGCUCCUGGAAUCUCUGUCUAACACAAUAAAAGAGGACUGGGUACUAGCUGUUGUUACAGUGUGUUCCAACUAUCACCUCUGGAAAAACUGGGGAAACAGUUUUGGGGAUUGGAAAUAGAAUCCUGAUGAAUGAAUCACUUUACUCCCUCCCCUCUCCGCUCAACCCUCUUCUCCCCCAGGCAGUCUGGUGACCUCGGAUGGAUGGUUUUUGGAGCAAAAAACCCCCUAAGUACAUAAAAAGCCAGCAUAGUAUCUGAAACAAGGUAGGUACCAAAACA